AUGCACAUCUUCAUUUCAUCGGUAGCGUAUCUUUCGUUGGGUAGUUUUGCUCUGGACACGGUCCAGUAUGGCGCUUUCCUGGCAACUGGUACAUACUCGAUUGCUAACCAAUUGGGCUUCUUCACCGCAAAUGGUCUCAAUGUAGUCUAUAACCAGGUUCCGAACAGCACCGCGGCCUUCCAGUCGUUGCUUAAUGGCCAAUAUGACAUUCUUACCGCCACCGUUGAUAAUGCGCUCAACUAUCGCUUCAACCAGGGACAGAAUGUCACGGUUGCUGGACAACUCGACCAAGGCCCGGACUUGGUCAUUGCUUCAGUGCCAAGCAUCACAGAUAUCACUCAAUUAAAGGGCAAACCAAUCAUCGUAGAUUCACCGAGCAGUGGUUACGCUUAUCUGCUCCGAAACACGCUGGCGGCUAAUGGCUUGUACUUGAACAAUAGUGACUAUUAUUUCAUGACCGUUGGGGGCACAUCUGCAAGAUACUCUGCACUUAUUAACGGCUCGUUGCCCAACGGCACAGAAGUCUACGCCACGAUAUUGAACUAUCCUUUCACAGUCGAGAGUGAGGCCUUGACCGACGGGAGCGCACCAAACAUUUUAGCUCGAAUUUCGGAUACCGUGGCGCCUAUUACGUCAAGCGCGUUUACUGUAGCGCAGUCGAAAGUAGCAGAUUCAAGCGAGGCUUCACUGGUCGUCCGCUUUUUGGCAUCAAUGUAUGGCGCAAACAAGUUUUUACGAUACUCAAUCAACGCCGAGUGCUCAAUCAGUGCCAUCGCCGCACAGUUGGGAGUCUCGCAGGACAUUGCUAAGACGGAGUAUGCAUCUGUGGUCGAUAGCUUCACGGGAGAGGUGUCACCUGGUGGCAACUUCACCGUCAGCGAGGAGGGGAUUCUUAAUGAUUUUGAGAUUAGGCAAAAGUUUGGCGGGUUUGCCAAUCUUGCUGCCGAUUUUGAUGUUGAUGAAGCUCUCACUCCUGGAACCGGAAAACUUAUCGACUACGCAUUGAGAGAUGAAGCGGUCGCACUGUUUCUCGAUUCACCAUAUUACGGGAAUUGCACAUGUAGUAACGAUUGA